GAAGAAAACUUCCAACGCGGCCAUUAUGCUUCAUAAAUCCAUUUCCCAAAAGACGAUCGUUGUGUUUUCUGAACACCUGUAAUUUUGUGAGGUUAUGAGAGAGCAUGGUGUUUGUUGAUGGUUAUUUCAAGAAGUAAACCGGCGUAUAAAAAAAAAUGGCUCAACAAAUUGCACAUGAUGUAAGCAAGAAGCAGAGGACGAAUGAUAUAAAAAUAGAAGGAGAUGUUACCUUCUUUCAAAUGAGACUUCCACAAGAUAUUCUGGAUGGGUUAAUGUCUGCUGGAUUUCAAAAACCAUCUCCUAUUCAGUUGAAAGCCAUUCCGUUAGGCCGUUGUGGAUUUGAUUUGAUAGUACGUGCAAAAUCAGGGACUGGAAAAACUUUAGUAUUUGGUAUAAUAGCUCUUGAAACUUUAGAUCUUUCAAUACAAUCACCACAAGUUUUAAUAAUAGCACCUACGAGGGAAAUUGCGAUUCAAAUAACUCAUGUUAUUCAAGCAGUAGGUGCAAAAAUAGAAGAAUUAAGAGUUGAGUACUUUGUGGGAGGAAUGCCAUUAGAAGAAGAUAAGAAAAAACUGAGCAAAUGUCAUGUAGCUGUUGGUGCACCUGGUAGAAUUAAACAUCUAAUCGAAAAGGGAUUUCUUCAUGUUUCAAAAGUCAGAUUAUUUGUUCUUGAUGAGGCAGACAAAUUAAUGGAAAUUAGUUUUCAAAAGGAUAUCAACUAUAUAUUUUCUAAGCUACCAUCCAGCAAACAAAUUAUAGCUUCAAGUGCUACUUAUCCUGGAGAUUUAGAAACAUUUCUACAAACUUACAUGUCCUCUCCAGUGUUAACAUCACCAAAUAUUGAUGGACCAAUUUUGAUUGGAAUCCGACAAUUUGUGGCUGUGGUUCCAGCAUAUCCCAAUGCGAUGAAACAGGUACAAACAAAAGUUGAUGAGCUGGUAAAAAUUUUUACCAAGAUUUCAUUUAAGCAAAGCCUGGUCUUUUCAAAUUAUCAAUCACGAGCUCAAUCAGUAAGCAAUAAGAUUAAUUCAUUGGGUUUUUCAUCUUCAUAUAUUGCUGGAAAUCAAGAUAUGACUAAAAGAUUGGAAGCGAUUGAAAACUUAAGAAAUCUCGAAUGUAGAAUUAUGUUGACCACGGAUCUAACUGCAAGGGGUAUAGAUAUAGAAAAUGUUAAUAUGGUCGUAAACUUAGACAUACCCAACGACCCGGCGACGUAUUUACAUAGAAUUGGCAGGGCUGGUCGCUAUGGAUCUUAUGGAAUUUCCAUCACAAUUAUUUCCGAAAAUGAGCUUUCGUCGUUCAAAAAAUUACUAGCUUCGAUUGGUGGACUAAAUUUUGGUUUGUUUAAACUCAAUUCUGAUUACACGGAAGAUGUUUGGGUUGAUGAUACGUCAGCGUUUGAAAAAAUUGAUUUGGGAUCUGAGAAAAGUCUCAUAAAGUUGCCAGUCAUUGAUAAAAUGGUCCUUGAAUCUAAAAAUGGUGCACCUAUAAAAAUACCUAUAUCAGAACAUAUAUUACCUUCAGUGGCCAGUGACACAUUAUCAGAAAAUGAUGUUGCAAAU